GCGGAGCCAAGAUUUGAACCUUAUGAGUUCGGGAUUGUAAUAUUUUUAAGUUACUGGGUUCUAAAUUAACAAGUUGUACUUAUUCAAUAGAUUUUUUAAGACAAAUACAUAAUUUAAACAAAAACUACUGAGUUUCCGAACCUGCGUCCCGCGCUCGGCCUCCGCUCCUGUCGGUAAGCAUAUGAGUUGUUCUUGGUAAUUGAAGCAGGACAAAAGAGAAUUAUUCUUAAGUUGUAACAAGCAAAUAGAAGAAAUAAAGGAAUGGUGGAAGAGAUUACCAACUUAAAACAACUUCAAGAUGAUCUAUUGGGUGAACGGAAAGUAGGAGAGUAGUAGUACAAAUAAAAGGACAAUAAGAGUCAAAUGUCAUCUCGUGAUAAAGUAAGAAAAGAAAGGGAGAAUCCAUUAAUCCAAAUAUCCAAUGGUAGAGGUUCUAAAUUGAGAUGUAAAGUUGCGGAGACACGGAGCCGUUCGAACCCAAACUUUGGAACACGACAGGAAAAAAAUGCAGACGCUUCAUAUUUCUUCUUUUUCCUCACGAGCCUCAUAAUCUUCUUUUUUUUUCCGCGGGAUAACCCGGUGUAUAAAGUAUUUCGUAUUCUCGCAGAGUACGGGGAAUGACGCACCCCUAGGAAUGCAAUUUAAAUCACAUACCUUAAUGCAAACAUUAAUGGCUGCUUCCACUGCUCGAAAUUGUGACAAAUUAGAUGGAUCAAACCAUCUAAUUUUUGUUUUAUUAGAAUUUGAAUUAUGAUCUAGUGUGAUUUUAUUUUAACUUUAUCAACAGUUAAACUACAUUCUUUGAUGCUACAGAGCCACAUAUGGAUAUGGCAACAAAUAUAAUAUGAUAUUACAAAUCAUUUUGUACAUAGUUAUUUCCUCUCAAUCAUUUUAUGUGACAAUUUUUUUUAAUUUGUCGCGAAGAGAUUGAUAUAUCUCUAUAUAUGGCAUGUUUGUGGAAAAACUUCUUAAACUUGGUGUCCUUUCAAGACUACCAAAGAAUAAAAAAUAUUGUCGAGUUGUACUUAUUAUUAGGAAAAAAGUACUCCUACUUAAUACUUAAGAGUACUUGAAACAUUAACUAACAAAAAAUUUUAAAUCUGCUUUUGGAUACAGUACAGCCACUGUAUUCUACUACACUAACCACACUUGCUUAACCAUAGUUAUUCUUUCUCCUUCACUUUGUCUAUAUUAUAUCGCUUCCCCAUUUCUCUCUAGUCGUAGACCCUAGUGUGAAGAAAGGUGGACUCUGAAAUAGAAAAAAUAGUUUUCUCCUAGAAAAAUGAGCUGCAAUGGUUGUAGAGUAUUACGAAGAAGAUGCAGUGACAAUUGUACCUUAAGGGCGUGUUUGGAUGGAAUUGAUGAUCCUCGCGCUCAAGCUAACGCUACUCUUUUUGUUUCCAAGUUUUUUGGGCGUAGCGAUCUCAUGGCCUUCAUCGCCGCUGUUCCCGAAAAUCGAAGACCUGCGUGCGGGCGGACGGUGAAUCCGGUGACCGGUGCGGUUGGGCUGUUAUCGACGGGUAACUGGCACGUGUGUCAAAAGGCGGUGGAGACGGUUCUCGUUGGUGGCAAUCUACGGCCAGUUUUUGCCGGAAUUCUUACUCCUUACAUGAACGAGACCUUCGAAUCCUUCCGCUGCGGCGGCGCGUGGGAUAUUCCAAAUCAGUUCUCAAACAAAUCCGGAUCAUUUACUGAUGGAUCGGAUCACAUCGAUACAACGGAGUGGGUCGGUUUGGAGAAGAGAUGGAACACGACGUCGUCCAUAGGUUCAGAGACUGAGUUAUCGGAUGUGUCACUGGGUUUGGAUAGUGGUAAUAAAGAGCCAAAACUGCUUAAUCUCUUCGUUUGAGAUACUUAGAAGUAGGAAUAAUAAUAGUUAAUUUCCAGUUGAGUUUUGAUGUUUUGAGUUUAAAGUCAGUUGGAAUUUUAUCGGAAACUGUUAUUGAUCUCUAAAUAUGAGAGAUCUUGAGUCAAUUCCCUAACUUGGUUGAGACGUUGCUUUGUCAUACUGACAUCUUUUUUGGCUGAAUAAAUAUGAAUGAAAUAAAUACGACUUCUACUUUUUA